AUGCCACCUCGGAAGAAGACCAAACGCGCACACUCCACCACACCUCCUGAGGAUACAGCGGCACAAUCUAGCGCGGACACCCCCGGAUCGAGCGAUGGCGCCGAAAAACCUGAGCCCGAAUAUGACUUGAUUGGCGAUCCCUGGACAGAUGAGCAAGAGACGGCACUGCUGAAAGCGAUAAUCAAAUGGAAACCUGUCGGCGUUCACAAGCAUUUCCGUAUGCUCGCAAUUGCAGACUAUUUGAAGAGCCAAGGAUAUGCGCCAUCGUCGGCAGAGCACAUGCGCAUCCCCGGGAUAUGGAAGAAGCUAGGUACCUUAUACAACUUGGAGGCUCUAGAUGAACGGGAGGACGCGGUGUUUGCGGAUACGAACGAGGAUGAUGAGGAGGAGGAGGAGGAGGAGGAGGAGGAGGAGGAGGAGGAGGAGCCGAGUGAGAUGUACUGGCCAUUUGAGCUUCCCUACGACGAAUAUGGCGACCUCAUGUUUGAGAGACGCCUGGCCACAGAGGGCUCUUUAUCACCUGUCACGAGUCGCCACGCCGAGUCUCGACGAGGGAGCACAGUAGCAGAUACUGACGAACCCCGCUCAUCCCCUGCUCCAUCUCGAGGUCGUAAAUACAAUCGUGGUACGCGCCAAUCUGCACGUGAGACUCGCUCGACACGACUCCAGGUUGAAAUUGGCUCCGGCAGCCAAGGCAAGGCAUCUGACGAGGAUGCCGACUCUGCAGAAGACUCGGAUGUCAAUGAUGAAGGUGAAGAAGAAGAGGGUGAAGAAGGUAGUGACGGCGGCAAAGACAGCGAGGAUGAGGAAGAAGAAGAGAGUAGUGACAAGGGAGGGUCAAGAAGCACGAGGGCAAAGGCAUCACGGUCCAAGCAGAAGGACACCAAAAAGGCUUCAACAAGCACCGCAACCCGCCGAACCGGUCGCCGACGUUGA